AUGGGGAAGUAUGAAAUCUCCCCUGAUGGUCUGAUAUCAAAUGCCUGGAAUGUCUCAGCUGAGCUGUUAUGGCCACUGUUAGCAGCCACCCUGGUCCUUUGCUGUAUUGCCACACGUAUCAUCAGCGGAUUCCAGAGUCGCGCCGACAGUAAGACUGAACAAUCGCAAUCAGUGAAGACGCUGCCGUAUUGGUUCCCUUGGCUGGGUCAUAGUCUUUCUUUUAUAUGGGACCACGUAAGCUUCACGGAAAAAGCUAGAGAUUAUAUGAAUGCACCUGUGUUCGGAAUCUUCAUGGGUGGCGCAAAGCACAAAACCAUCGUGUCACCAUCCAUGAUCAAAUAUAUCAUGCAAUCCAAAGCCACAUCAUCAGCUCCUCUAGUCAAACGUGCGCUGAAAGCUUUUGGCGACCACCUGGGCUCACUGCGAGAUCUGGAUACUAUUGACUAUCAAACAUUUCAUCACAAGCUUCCCAAUCUGCUCAUGCAGGAACCAUUCAUAACGGAAGCUUCCGAAACUACUAGUCAGCUUUUAAAACGCGAGGUUCCAAAUUUCGUCACCUUCAGCCGGAGUGUGGUUGAUCAAACGUUGUGGGAGCGUGGGAGCGAUGUCGAAGUUGUCAACGACCACCGCGACAAGCCCACCUGCGAGGCAAACCUGUUUGACCUUGUCAGGGGCUUCAUCGGAAAUAUUACAACCACUACCCUCAUGGGUCAAGCAAUUUUGGAAGUCUUUCCUAAUUUGCUUGAUGAUGUUUGGAUACUGGACAAUCGAUUUCCCCUUCUAGCGAUUGGUGUACCUCGUUGGGUACCAAUUCCUGGUCUGCCUGCAGCGUAUGCUGCUCGUGAUCGGAUACUGAACUCUCUUGCCGCCUACCAUCAAGCAUUUCUCCAGUGGGAUGAUGGGGUAGACCCUGGUGUGAAAUUCCGUGAUCUCGAAGAUGUUUCAGAGCCUUUAAAACAACGCAUCCGGAUGUCCAAGAACUUGGGACUCUCACCAAGGUCCAGCGCACCCGGACACUUGUCUUUGAUCUGGGCCAUGAAUGCUAACUCUUCAAGCAUCGCCUUUUGGUACCUUGUCCACCUUUACAAUGAUCCUACUCUUUUAGAAGAGAUUCGAACCGAAAUAUCUCCUUAUGCGAAAGCUCACAGGCUAAGUAGGGAAGAAACUGGCUUCCCUUUCGAAGAACCACCCAGGAUCUCUCUUGAUCUCGAAGGCUUGUUGAACUCUUGCCCUUUACUGAAGGCCAGCUUCUACGAAACACUUCGUUUGGAUUCAGCAGACAUGUCAUUCCGAAAACUCACAUCUGACUUGACCAUCACAGAGUCCAACGAAGACAUUACAAAUAGUGAUCGGCCAAAGCCCCAUGUUUAUAAACUCUACAAAGGCGAGAAUAUUAUACUCCAUCAUGGAGUACUCCAGAACGACUCUCGGUAUUUCUCGAACCCCAGCCAGUUUGAUCCACUGAGGUUUAUCAUAACCGACCGUGAAACCGGGGAAAAGAAGGCAGACAUGCACACAAUUCACCCAUUUGGUGGAGGCAUGUCUGGAUGCAACGGGCGAACAUUUGCGGAGAGGCAGCUCUUGGCUUUCACUGCCGCAAUGAUCGUCAUGUGGGACAUUGAACCAAUGGAUGGCAGUCGGUUUACAGUCCCAGGACAUAGGCAAUCUAGCGGUGCUUAUUUGCCCGAAAAAGACAUUAGAGUACGUAUAAUAGCUCGUGUGUGA